CACGACAAAAAAGAGACAACAUGGCGCCAGGAAGAAGUUUUCGACUCCCUGUUUGGGAGAUAAUUUCCCGCUGUAUGCUGUGCAUGGCCGGUUUAGUUUUGUCUGGUUACGCUUUCUACGUGGAGACGUCGAAAGAAGCAGACCACUCGUACACGGCGAUGUGUGACGUCAGCGAAUCCGUCAGCUGUUCCAAAGUGUUCACGUCUCGGUUUGGACGUGGAUUUGGACUGGUGGAGCUGAUCCUGGGAGCAGACAGUCCUCUCAACCUGCCCAACAGCCUGUUUGGUCUGGCCUUCUACAUCAUGCAGCUUAGUCUGGGUGUUCUCCCAGGUAUGUCUGUCUCCAUCGUUCUCCUGGCCACGUCGGUCCUGUCGUGUCUCGGCUGUGUCUACCUGGCAUACAUCUUAUACUUCAUCUUACAGGACGCCUGUAUCGUCUGCAUCAGUACUUAUGUCAUCAACACCUUACUGCUUAUCGUCAAUAUUAAAAGGCUAUUGAUACAGGGGACAGCAAUAUUGAAGAAAAGACAGUAAUCUAGGAGUUGUAUUGAAUCAGUAAUUGUACUAGAAAUUCCUUAUAUACAUGUAUUAGUUUCUGAUAGCCUGAGUCUGUUCCAAUAGUGGUUGGUUCAUAGUGACUACCAGAGUGGAUGUAAACUAACUACGAUCAUGGUAACCAGGCUAAUAAUAGCUAGAUUAUAACAGGUGUCAAUUUUCCACAUUCAAGUUACAAUACAAAUAACUUUCCAUCAAAGCUAUGAUUUUUUAAUUUUUUUAAAAACUUUUAGAGCUAUGUUAUGCAGUUCAAUGUCAGUAUAUUUAGCUGUAGAAAAAGGUAGUUAAAAUUGCUCAUUGAAUCGUUCCAUAGUUUGGGAUGCUCCAUUUGUGGAAUUGUGUUCACAGAUAUUUAAACCACAGGCAGAACAUUCUUUAAGCUGUACACUACUCCUAGAUUGUUCAAAAAAGUGUGGUCUUCCAUUUUGUAAAGGGCUCUUGCAAGCAAUCAGGAAGGGUUUUAUUUACCAAUGGAAUUAGAUUUAUAGAUUAAUCUAUAGAUGAGUAGUGUACUUUUCUGUGAGACAGAAUUGACCAAUUUGCAGUACAAGGAGCUACCCUGGCCUGAGCACAUAGGCAGGCAGGAUGUAGCACGGUGUACAUGUAGUUGUAUACCAGUAAGUGCUAUAAUUUGCGUAUGCUGUGGAUUGGUUAUGAUCAACUCACUCAUCCUUUGCUGAAAUUACUUUAUGAUAUGAUAAGUUACUGACAAACCUGCUCUCUUUUUGUAUCAGAUUCUUUUAUUCUUCAUGUUAAAACAAGAAAACAGCAAAGCCACAAACCAAACAUCAAACAGCAACCAACAAAGAAAAAACUUAAUUUUCUGCCGUGGGCAACACAACUAGCCUGAGUGCCAUGUGUUUUGUAAUGAGGCUCUGUGCAAGGGGCCUUGUUACAAAACGGAUGGCAUCCAGACUAGGCAACAACAGUACCAGUAAUAACAAUGAACUAAGAACUAAUUUUCCCACCAUUCCUCAACAUCUAGAGUAGAAAAUCCAUGUACCCCUAUAUCAGAUCUUGAAUAAGGUCUGCCUUAAUAUCAAAUAACUACUUGCAAAUCAAAGAUUAAACUACAUUGCUAUCUUCUGCACUCGUGAAGUGCACUUUUUUCAUAUGCCAAUC